CCAAGUCAUCCAGUAUGACCACUAACGUGCGUUCUCAUCUUCCUUCUCUCCCUUUUUUCCCCCGUCUCUCGCAGAAUUCUAUGGAUCUGCCACCUGACAAAGCUAAACUGCUCAAGCAGUACGAUGACGAGAAAAAAUGGGACAUGAUUUGCGAUCAAGAAAAAGUGAUCGCAAAAGAACCCCCCUCCUUUUACUUACGUAAAUUAAAGACCUACCUUGAUCCCCGAGCUUCCAGGAGCGCCAAGGUAAAUAAUCAAAUGGUGUACGAUGCCGUUUCGACAUUAUUGUUACCCAUACAGAGAAGACGAAUGUUGGGAGACUCAAAAUCCACUCAGGUCCUACGAGACCUUGAGAUCUCGCUGAGGACAAACAACAUUGAGUGGGUCAGAGAAUUUCUCGACGAACAAAACAAAGGACUGGAAGUGCUCAUUGACUACCUGACGUUCCAGCUCGGAUUUCUGAGGUACGACCGCGAGGUCGCCAUGUCUUCCACGGCCUCCGAGAACGGCUACCCGGCGAGUCCAGUCAACUGCCGGAAAUCCAUCCUAGAAGUUGAUACACCACGCCUGAAGCGCGCCACGCGGCACGCGGCCAAGCUGCACAUGGGAGAGGCGGAGGACGACAUCCACGUCUGCAUCAUGUGCCUGCGCGCCAUCAUGAACAACAAGUUUGGCUUCAACAUGGUGAUUGAACACACACAAGCAAUAAACUCCAUAGCCCUGAGUUUAAAUCACAAGAGCUUACGAACAAAAGCGCUGGUGCUGGAACUGUUGGCUGCCAUCUGCCUCGUGAAAGGUGGCCACCAGAUCAUCCUCAAUGCUUUUGACAACUUCAAGACUGUAUGCUGUGAACCGCGGAGGUUCAAAACGCUCAUGGACGACUUCCGGGACUAUGAGACAUUUAAUAUUGACUUCAUGGUUGCCUGUAUGCAGUUCAUCAACAUUGUUGUUCACUCAGUUGACGACAUGAACUUUCGAGUUCAUCUGCAGUAUGAAUUUACCUUCCUUGGUUUAGACGAAUAUCUAGAAAGGUUGCGCUCGACCGAGAGUGAAGAACUUAAAGUGCAGAUCUCAGCCUAUCUCGACAAUGUCUUCGACGUGCAUGCCCUCAUGGAGGACUCUGAGACUAAGAGUGCUGCCAUAGACCGGGUCGCCGAGCUAGAAGCCCAGAUUUCGAGAGCACAUGAGCUCGAAAAUGAGAUGAUGGCAAAGCUAGUGGAACUUGAAACACAACUACAAAUUCUUGACAAAGAAAAUCGGGAGUUAAUAGAGUCGCAAAAACAGACGAGUGAAGAACUCAACACGUUGCGCAAGGCAGUGUCUGAAAAGGAGGAGGAGAAGCGGCAACGGGAGAGUUUUCUUGAAGGCAAGAUACAGGAGCUCGAGAGUCUCACUGGAACAUUACCCAGAGGUUCCUCAGCCAGCUCGAUCCACAGUAGCAAUGGUUUGUCCGGAGUGCCUCCUCCGCCCCCACCUCCGCCACCACCCAUGUUUGGCGUGCCGCCACCUCCACCACCUCCGCCGCCGCCACCUGGAAGCAAUGCCAUCCCUGUGCCACCUCCCAUGGUGCCUCCCCUCAAAGGAGGCAUUCUCGCACCUCCACCACCUCCUGGCAGUAUGCAGGCGCCGCCUGAUGCGAUGACGAUCAAGCGCAAGUUCCAGACCAAGUACAAGCUUCCCACACUCAACUGGAUUGCUCUAAAGCCAAACCAAGUCAGGGGAACCGUGUUCAGCGAACUUGAUGAGGACAAACUGUACAGUGUUAUUGACUUCGCACGUUUUGAAGAACAGUUCAAGCUGGGCGUACAGGGUGCCUUCCCCGACCGAAGCGAUGACAUCAAUAACAGCAAACGUUUUAAGGUUCCUGAGAAGGUGACGCUGUUGGAGCACAACCGGUUACGUAACAUGGCCAUCUCUAGGCGCAAGAUUGAGCUGGCCACGGAUGUUGUUGUCAAGGCUGUCAACAGCCUCGACCUCAAGACCAUCUCGCAGGACUGCGUCGACAUUCUUCUGCGCAUGGUGCCCAACGAUGCAGAGACGAAAGCAUACCGAGAGUACGAACGAGAGAAGAAGCCUGUGGAUGCUCUCACAGAUGAAGACAAGUUCCUGCUUCAACUGACGAAAAUUGAAAGGUUAUCACAGAAGUUGAACAUCAUGAGUUACAUCGCAUCCUUUGCAGAAAAUAUCCAAAUCAUCACACCGCAAGUGCACGCAAUAACAGCAGCAUCCCGAGCGAUCAAGAGCUCGAAGCGACUUCGAAAGCUUCUCGAGGUAAUUCUCGCUUUUGGGAACUACAUGAACAGCUCGAAGAGGGGCCCUGCAUAUGGUUUCAAACUCCAGAGUCUAGACAUGCUUGCGGAUACCAAGACGGCAGACAGGAAGAUCUCUCUCCUGCACUACAUCGUCGAGACAGUCAGCAGCAAGUUUCCUGACCUGAUGGGCUUUGAUCAGGAACUGCGGUUCGUCGAGCGUGCAUGCACGGUGACGCUCGAAAACAUCCUGACGGACAGCCAUGAGCUGGAGAAGGGCAUGGAUCUGUGCAAACGAGAGCUGGCACUGCGGCGAGACUCAAAGGACGCGGCCGUGCUGCAGGAGUUUCUGGCACAGUCCGAGGACAAGCUCCGUCGGCUGCAGCAGGACAUCAAAACAGCUCAGGAAGCUUACGCCAGCUGUGUAGAGUACUUUGGGGAAAGUGCACGGAGUGUUGCUACCAACAUCUUUUUCUCCAUGUUCGUUCGUUUCAUCAAGGCAUUCAAGCAGGCCGAUCAAGAGAACGAAACUAGGAAGAAGAUGGAGGUUGCGGCCCAGGAAGCGCUCAAGAAGCCACCCCAGGAGUCCAUUCAGAAGAAGAACCUGCUAAACGCCAAGAAGAGCACCCAGGAUGCUGUGAUAAAUGAGCUGAAGAACAAAACACGGAUGGUGAAUGAGAAGCGCUUGCUGAAACAGGACGAAGUUUACAAUGGAGCUCUUGAAGACAUUCUUCUUGGUCUCAAAAACGAACCGUACCGUCGAGCAGACGCUGUGCGCAGGAGCCAGCGACGGAAGCAGGAGAACGUGCGGCUAUCACGCACAAUGGAGGAGAUGGAGCUCUAGCCUCUGGUGCCUGGUGAUAAGGAGUGCAACAGUGACGUGCACAUCAUGGAGUGCCUUUUUCCCUCAUCCACACAUGUCCGUUAAUGAUAGUGGCAAGCCUGUUCCUCUUCAACGACACCUCUGUGUACAGCGUGCGUGUGCAAUUUGCGGAGCAAAUUCGCUUUAGUGACUCUUUACCUUGUACAUAUAAGCCAUUGGAUCGAUAGCGCUCCGGCGUAAGUGGGAGUCACGUGGACGCAAAGAGUGGUACUACUGCAAGCGUCGAGUCAAGCGGAUGGUGCAAGUGCAUUGAAGCUGCAUCCCAUUCACAACUUCCCUCUCAACCCUAGCCGGUGCAGCAGCAAAGUGUGGCCGGUCUUCCCUCACGGUCACGCAACAACGGUGUGUACAGUCAGAAUUGUGAAGGGGCGCUGCUUUUGUGCCCACUUCAUUGCCGGCACGCUCGACAGCAGCGCUUCAGGCCCGCAGCAGUUUUCCACGACCCGAGUGCCGUCGUCCUCUCGACGGAUGUUGAAAGGGACUGCACAUGCUUCCAGUGGCUGUGCUUCGUUUCACUUUUUUUUUGUGUACAUUUGUUUUGUGUUUGUCUGCCAUUGCUGGUCAUUAAUGUCCUGCGAUGUCUUCGGUGCAAAGACAGAGCCACUUGUGUUUUUGUUUGUUUGCGCUUCUGGUCAUUCACGGGGAGUUCCCCAAAAAUUGUCCUCCUUUGAGCCCUGUGUGCUGCCCUGACGUAUAUAUUGCAUGCAGAGAGCGACAGCGUUAUUAGUGUCCCCGUCUCCUCUGUCUUCUUCGUUCGUGGAGAUAUAGUCUCGUUUGCUUGUCGCUGAAGGUAUUUCUGUCGAUUAUGGUUGUUUUGCAAUAAUAUAUACAUAUAUAUUAUAUAUACAUAUACUAUUAUACAUUUACAAAUGACAGUGUUGCAAAGCAACGGUUUUAGCUCUUUUAGCUCUGCUACCUGCCUUUCUUAUAUUUCUUGAGCUUCCAUCCAGAGAUGCUUUCAUGCAGAUAAUGAAUUUUAAUCACCCCAGUGAAAUUUUUUACUGUCUCCUUUCACAUAUGGCGAUACAACCAGCCUGAAAUGCAAUGUUUAUAAUUGAUAACAACAGUUACUGGGCUAGCAGUUCCUAGUGGCUCAGGACGAUUUAAAAUACUAUAAAAAGUGACGUGUACUGUUGCAUACAUAGAAAGCACAAUCAUGAAAUGUAAUGCGCAUCAAGGGGCUUCAGCCAUAUUUCCUCAUGUCGCGCCUCCGCUUGACUAGUUGAGCUAUAAAGCUUGGUAAGUGAGCAACAUUUUUCACUUACUUUACAAGUCUUGUGAACAUUUGGGCUUUAUGUUUUGUUCAUGGAUAUGUAGCGACAAAAAGCAUGUAAUGCAACACACCUUUGUGCUUCUCCCACCUACUCAUUUUUUAGCUCUUCACUUCUAAAUGGAGCUUUGAAAGCUAAUUUCGUUUAUUAAAGAAUGCUGCUUUAUUGCUGUACUUAAUGAGCAACCUUUGUAAACAAGGCUUCUCUGCCAUCUUUUCCAUUCUUAGCUGUUCUGUGUUAUGUUCGCAGUGUAUAACCGACUUGCCCAGUCUUCAACAAUUACGUUCAUUCAGCAUCACCCUAAUGAUGUAUGUUUCUGUAAAUCAAUGUCCUUUUAAACAGUACUUUUAAAUGAACAUUAAGUUGGAAAGGAGCUCCAAGUCUUAGAGGUGCAUAACAUGAGUCCAUUGAAAGAUUGAACUCAGGUCAGUAUUGGAGUGCAUUAAACAAACAUUAACAUGUCAGGAUUUUGAACACAGUAAGUUUUACAAACUGUUCAUGUACAUAUUCUUAAAACACUUUUCCUAGUGUCAAGCACUGUCAGUGGCAUUGAGCAUUUUUCAACUGUUGAUGUUUACGAUUACAGGCACGCAUUAGUGAGUUUGUGUGUGAUGCUGUCGACAACCUGCAGAAUGCACCAUGACCACCCUGUUUUUCACGUGAAAUAUUAAGUACUACCCACACGCAUCACGUCGUUGCUAAGCUGCAUUAUGUGGACUUGCUAAAUUAGCUUGUGCGUUUUCCCCGAGUGUAUGUAUGAGUGUGCAUGUGCGUGUAGUUGUUACAUUCUCUGUGUUAAUUGCAAGAGGGGGCAAAAAACACCUUUUCUCAAACUUGUGCAGGUGACAUUCAUGCCAGGAUUGUAAGGUCAGAACUGCAUCGUAUUAGCGGCAUUGAACUGUAACGCACCUCUGAUAAAAAACCUGCCUUGUCCUUCACGCUGUCAUUGGGCAUGCAUGUACUUCCAUAAAAGCAUCAGCCACGGGACCAAACAUUGAUCAUCCGAUGAAGAAUACAAAGGAUUAAACAGGCAACCUAGAAUGCCUUAAGGAGACAUUCAGUGGAAAAAGCACAGUGACUUAUAUAAGGUGUGGGUACCUCUAGCCUGAACUCCAGCUCACAGAGGUAGUCGUAUUCAAGAUGUUUUCUGCCGGUUUGAUGGAAAGUCUGCAUCGAGUGCCACUUACAAUCUCAAGAUGGAAUGCAGCAGUGUCGAGGGGUUUACACUGUGCUGUAGCAGAAAUGAAUGAGCCAAUUGUUUCCACCUAUGGCAGCGGUGGCUGCCAUGCUGUCCAGACCUUGAGGUAAAAACAAUUCUUGUCGGGUGUUUUCUUUUGUACAUUGCUGAGAUGUCUAUUAAAAAGAAUGUUUUUAUGAUUGAA